UUCAAGUUGUUCAGCCUGACACUCAGCCUACCAUCGAACAACUUCAGCAGCCUGAAUCUGUGUCUGACGUGAGUGCUGAAUGUGGAGGUGGAUGUCAGAAUGGUGGCCGCUGCAUCUUGCCUGGAGUCUGUGACUGCCAUACUGGCUGGGCCGGCCUCUCCUGCAGUGAAGAUGAGGAUGAAUGUCUGGUCAACAAUGGUGGCUGUCCACACACCUGCAACAACACAGAUGGUGGGUAGCUAUCAGUGCUCCUGCCAUGAGGGCUACACACUGGCUCAUAAUGGCUCCAACUGCAUUGACACACCUCAUAUGAAGAAAACUUCCAUAGUCGCAACAAGUACAACCUUCUAUCAAGCU